AUGUAUAUGCAACCAAGAAUAAAUAAUACUUAUAUUGUAUAUCCAUCAUCACCUCCAUCAUCCGAAUGUUAUUUUAAUAUAAGUAAUUCCCCACCAAAAAAUAUUUAUUUGGGAGGUCAUAGCCCUCCAAAAAGUCACUUUAUUGUAAAUCAUAAUAUAAACAAUAAUAGUAAUAAUAUAAAUAAUAAUUCAAACAAUUUAAAUAACGAAGGAGGAAAUUUAUCAUCACCCCAAUAUUUAUCCCCAUAUAAUAAUAUACAAUUAGAAAGGUUCAAUUUAAAUGAAACAGUCAAUAAAAAAAGGAAUAGAUUAUCAUGGAAGGAUAUUAAAAAAGAGUUUAAUUUAAAACAUGAAAUUGAAAAAGAAGAAAAAAAAUUAAAAAAAUUUGAAAAAAAAGUAAAAGAAGAAAUGAAAAAAGAUAAAAUUAAACAAAAAAAGAAAGAAUCAAAAGAAAAGAAAGAGUUAUCAAGAGAGCUUUUAAAGAAAUUAGAAAUUAAAUUUAAACUAUACUACAGUAAUGAAGAAUGGAUAAAAUUUGAAAACAAGUAUAAAAAUCAAUUAAUCGACGAACAACUUUUGGAAAAUAUUAUUGAAUUAAUUUUUUAAACAAAUAUAAAUAAAAUAAAAAAUAUAUAAUUUUAAAACAU